AUGGCUCUGAUGAUGACUAGAGACGUCAUAAUCUAUAGUGUGUUCCUUGUGUAUAGGAAACUACUGGAGCAUAUCGAACGGUCGAAUCGAAGAUUGAAGAGAAAGAUAACACCCUGGAAGAAAGAUAUGUAUGGCGCGUUGCUUGUGGCGAGGCAGAAGCUGAAAGAGUACUACGAAAAAACCUACCGCGACCACGGUUUUCUCUAUGGCACUGGAACAUUACUUACCCCUCAGUACUGUGAAUAUUUAAGAGCAUCUUUCACACAGUAUCAGCAGCAGAACCCCGAGUUGCUAUUCCGUACGGUCCAGCGAUCUUCUAAUUCGCAUAGCACAGAGCUUAAUCGGCUACUCGAGCCACCUGGUGCAUCGAUUUUCCAUGAAGGAGUAGAGUAUGACGAAGUGGACCAGUAUCUUCGCGAAGGCACGAAGGCACUUAAAGAGGAUGAAGCGUUAAAGGUAAUCGAAGAGGAUGCAGAGCCGAUCAGCGACAAUGAGGAGAUUAAAGAGAGCGAGAAUCUCGAGGGUAACUCUGAGCCAGAGGAGACAUACUAA